CUUUCAUAACCUUCCCGCCAAAACCACGUACCAUAAUCUUUUGUUCUUGAAGAAUUGAGCUUCUUCUUCAAUGGCGGAAUAUUCAUGCAGUUUGAUGGUCUUGUUGACUCUCUUCUCAAGCUUCUUGGUGUGUAUAAACGCCAACUUUGAUUAUAAAGACGCCCUCAAGAAAUCCAUAAUUUUCUUGGAAGCUCAAAGGUCCGGGAAGCUUCCUCCACACCAUAGGCCUCCAUGGAGAGGAGAUUCUGCUCUUGAUGAUGGAAAAGCAGCCGGCGUUGAUUUGGCCGGCGGAUACUAUGAUGCCGGAGAUAAUGUCAAGUAUGGUUUCCCGAUGGCGUUCACCGUGACCACAUUGGCAUGGGCUGCAUACUUUUAUCAGCCGGAGCUUACCGCAGCCGGAGAAAUACAUAAUGUUCGUAAUGCUAUCCGAUGGGGUACCGAUUAUUUUCUUAAAGCCAGUAGUCUACGUAAUCGUUUCUUUGUUCAGGUCGGAGAUCCGGUGACAGAUCACAAGUGUUGGAUGAGGCCUGAAAAGAUGAAAUCAGCAAGACCAGUUUUGGAACUUAAUGAAAAAAAACCUGGAACUGAAAUUGCAGCCGAAACUGCUGCUGCUUUGGCUGCUUCAGCGAUUGUGUUUCGGGGUGUAGAUCAACCUUAUUCUCAAAAGCUUCUAAAUGGAGCCAAAAAGGUUUUCUUUUUCAAGUUUUUUAAUUUCGGUAUACGUGUUUUUAUUUGUAUUAAUAUAAAAGAAAUCGAUUCGAUUAAUUUGCAGCUGUUUCAAUUUGCUCAAGAACAUAGGGGAACUUUCGAUGGUGAAUGCCCUUUCUAUUGCUCAUUCUCCGGUUAUCGUGAUGAGUUACUAUGGGGGGCAACAUGGCUAUACAUUGCAACAAAGAGGCCAAUAUACUUGAAAUUUAUACAAGACGAGUCAACCACCGCCGUUGUUACUGAAUUCAGCUGGGACCUCAAAUUUGCUGGAGCUCAGAUCCUUCUUUCUCAGUUGUAUUGGGAAGGGCAAAAGGAUUUACAGACGUUCAAGCAACAAGCUGAUGGAUUUGUAUGUAACAUUCUUCCUGGAAGCCCUUAUCGUCAAGUUUUCAUGACCCCAGGAGGUUUGAUUCACUUAAGAGAUGGUGCAAAUUCGCAAUAUGUGACAUCCACAGCGUUUCUUUUCAGUGUUUACAGUGAUUUGUUAGCUAGACACAAAAUGCAAGUCACUUGUGGUGACAAACGUUUCACUUGUGUACAGAUCAUGGAUUUCGCCAAGAAACAGAUGGAUUAUUUAUUGGGGAAUAACCCAGUAAAGCGGUCGAUGAUGGUAGGGUUCGGAAAGGACCCACCGUUGCAUGCGCAUCAUAGAGGUGCAUCUGUGCCGGUGGAUGCAAAGGAUGAUGUAAACUGUGGGAUGAGCUUUGUUUAUUGGUACAACACAGAUAAACCAAACCCUAAUGAGUUAACGGGUGCCAUCCUUGGUGGACCAGACAGGGCAGAUAGAUUUGUGGACGCACGGGUUAAUUCCUCCAUGACCGAGCCAUGUACGUAUAUCAAUUCAUGUGCGGUUGGGGUUCUUGCAAAGUUGGCAAAACAAUAUGGCAAACCAUGAUCAUGCAUGGUCAAAGUGUGUGUUUGUACAUUAUUAAUGGAACCCAAAAUUAGGGAUUCUUUGGGCCUAUGUAGCAAUAGAUGUUUAUUGGCAAGAUGAUAGAGAUCUUCGUUUAUAUUGUAAUUAAUUUUUUUGAGGCGUACAGAAAAUAUAUUCCAUAUGUAAAUUACUAGUUACGUACGAUUACCAUAAGUUUUCUCAUGUAAACAUUUGGUUCUCGGCUUCGAAGGCGAAUUCGGCCGUGGUCUCUCCCUAGCUCCCAAUAUCCACACUUAAUUGGAGCUCUCUCUCCCCCUAGCAUGAGUACUCCCACCUUCGAUCGGGUGUCAUUUAUAUCUCCCAUUCAUCUCCAGCAAAAUCAUGAGGUAAAAUGGCCCCGGCCCUCGCACCUGAUCCACCUACUCGGUUUAUAAUAUUUUUAUAGUGACGAUAUUAUGCUAAUUGUAAAUUUAUGUAUGAGUUCAUGUUAAUAUAUUGUUUAACCAUUGAAUGAGUUUAUAAAAUUUAGAUUAGUUAUUAUGGCCAA